UCGCGCGUGGGGACGGGCUGGUGCAGACGGCUUCGGAGGCUGCGGCUGCAGGAGACAGAGUAAAGAUGGAUGCUGGCCGAAUUCGCAUGUUUCCUGUGCAUUUUGAAGACGGCACACUCUCUUUCCAAGAUGAUGACGGCCUGGAACCUGACAACUGGAGAAAAUCUAAAAAUUACUCAGAGCCACAAAUCUUCCGAAACAUAGAGAAUUACAUUCUCAUAGUGAAACCGGAAAAUCAGAUGGCAGCAUUUGAAUACAUGGCAGACGAGGACAAGAAUGAUGAGUCUGGAGUCAAGUUCACCAUCCACACUUUCGAGGACACUGUGCCAAGAGGGCAGACAGUGGCUCUGACCACCAGAACAAACGGCGAGACUUACUACAUGCAUGUUGAGAAACAAGAAAAUGGAGACAUGAGGGUGUCAUUUAAGGCAGGGAAUCUCCCGGAACGCAUUUCAGGAGACGCCAGCGCCAUCAUCUUCCUCCAAAAGCCAUUUACAGAAGGCAAUGACAAAUUCUUCCAAUUUGAAUCCACAUUGGAGCGGGGUUACUUCCUUGCCUUUGAGAACGGUGAAGGUUACCAUACCAGGAGACUGAUCAUGAAACGAAUAGCCACGAAAGAUGAGGUGGAUGAAACCACCAAGCUGUCCCAUUCCUCGAACUAGCACUUUCAGCCAGGGACUAGAAAUGGUUCGUUGCACUUUCCUCCAGAUUCAGUUGUGUCCUUGUUCAACAUACCCAAGUGUGUGGGGGGGCACUAAAAUUAAAAUCUGUACAAGACUGAUUAAAGUAUCUCAAACUAUA